UUGGCUUACGGCUGGUUAGAACCUAUUGAACAUGGCGAAUCGCAGGAAGGGCGUUUUGAGUUUCGACGGCAUUCGAAUUCGUCCAUCGGACGCCUUUCAUUGCUUUCUUGACGACUUCAUAAAAGAAACAACAUGCAGCGAACCUCUGAGAUCCCGCAUCAAAGCCAUUCUCGAGAAGGAACCGGUAUUAGUACCAUUCACUGUGAUCAAGUCCGUGCGUAGUGUUGUGAAACAGUCCGGUACGCCAGUUUCUAUCAGCGGGCUUUUGGAAGGCAGCGAACUUUGCCUUCCUAACCCCGUAACGCCUGAGCGUAACCAAGUGCUUGAAGCUCGUAUACAGAGACUGAAAGCUCAGCAGAUGCACCAGGAGUACAAUCAAAUGGUGUCCAACAUUGAUCAGUCAAAGAGAAGUUUCCUCGCUCCGGAAGUUGCUUCAGAUUUUCGUGACGUUAAAAAACAGUGCCUUGCGGUUGUCAACCUGCUGGUCACUAUCGGUGGAACGUUCGCGUUUUUCUACAAGGCAGUUGAAUAUUCCUUGCCUCAACCCCACAUUCCUGCGCAGGUCCUCUCCGGGCUCUUUGCGUCCUUGCUUGUUGCUGUGGCUGAGCUGUACUUUCUUGUGAAAGUGAUCUGAUGUUGAAUAAGGUUAAAUAAGGUUAGGGUGUGAUCCGAUGUGUUUGGCGAUAUAUAUUUUGAUUAUUCGUGGUUCGCAAAUGAAUGACCUUCGUAAAUACAGAUGGAAUACUGUCACUUACACCGUAGUUGUAGCAUUUGUCGACUUUGCAUCUCGUUCGUGUCAUUAGAAUUUUGCUUUACCUCAUGUCCACAGUCGUGACCACGUUACACCUCUAAAUCUUACUUGUGUCGAUAAAAUCUACAGAGUUUUUCAGUUAUGAUUCAGUGCAUUGGGGGUAACUAGCAUGCCUGCUGCCAUUGACUAACAACCUGUGAGCUGAAGUUUGAUGGAUUGGUACAUACAACUUUUUUUACAUCGAAAAUGCAUAACAGAAAAUGUGCUACCUGGAGUGUAGAAUGAACGGCUUCCAAUUACGGCAUCCAAUUAAUUAGCAUUCAACAUGAGUUACAGACACAGACAAUUAAGGUGAAUGUGUUUUGUGUCGGAGGGGUAGCGACGUUACAAAUAAUUGAGCUUACGUGAAGUAACAGGUUCUUCUUACUUAAGGAAUAAUUACCCAUAGUAAGGAAAAUUUAUACAAAUGAACAGGUACGUAUUAUACAAUGUGAGGUGCCGAGAAUAAAGAAGUGGGGAAGAGGUGCAAACCCACGGACAGGUUCAUGUUCAGUCCUGGUCCUUGUCCGAAAAAGCCAGCCUGGUGCGAGGCAGUCACUGCAAGGCCCCAUUACUGUGAUCCAGACUGCUGCCAAGCAAUGUGUACUGAGGACAGUUGGAUACCUCACGCAGGAUAAUCAAUUCCCAAGUUCCUUCCGUUACUAACAUUUCAAAACACCAACCCAGGAGGGAAGAAUCCAAGACUCUGGGGACCAUGUGAGGUACCGAGGCUACCGACAAUAAAGAAGUGGGUACGAGGCAUGAACCCUUGUUCGAGAGCCUCUCCUGUUCAGCACAGUCGCCACCUGCAUAUGUCCUUGCAUUCAAGUUGUUGAAUAUCGUGGUUGAUGGUUGGUUGAUGAGCACAGGGCUCAUGGUUAAGGGCCCUGGUUUUCUGCUACGGCAAAUUCAAAAUUCUGCGGCACAGACUUGUAAAUUCCUCAAUUUUCCGCGGCAAGCAGUCAACGGAAACACUUUACUUUCUUAGAUAAUGUGGGAACAAAAAUGUUUUAUAAAAUUACAGAUUGAAAGCACUGUUGUGGCUCAGGCUCAUUACAUAGAUGAUAUCUUGUGUUUUCCUCCGUGAAAGACAAAGGUGUGUCUGCAAUCAUUUUAUACUUGGUGAAAGAUCUUUCAGCAUCUACGGAGUUUACAGGAAGUUAAUAGGAAGGAGCUUACAAUACAUGCCCUGUGGAAGUCACAGGACACCUUUUUUGUUUGUCGGGUGUAGGCAUUAUUUAAGAGUCUUUAAAAGGCAAACUCCCAGACAUCAAAUCAAAGUCCUCUACUGCCACCGCUAAACUGCACACGGGAGGGAUGCCGCCCCUUCCUCAGGCGAAGUAUGCACAAUAGACUUGGGCUAACGUAAUCUUAAGCUAAACUAAAAUCUUUCUGUGCUGGUCCUGCAGCAUAUGGGCAGCUUCGUAAAGGAGGCUUCACCUCAUGCAGGGAAGCUUCAGGUGAAGCCCACUUUCGGGAGGUGUCGUUCGUAUUCAGCGAAUAGUCGGACAUUCGGAAAUCCGAAUAUUGGGUAUUCGAUUCGCGAAUGGAAUACUUCAAGUGAUUGGUAUUUGAUUCGAAUUCGAGAACUCAAAUAUCCGUUCAAACCUAAAAAUAAGGGAUUCCGUGAAAUUCCGUGCCCAACGAAGGAUUCCGCGAUAUUUCGCGGAAUCGCGGAAAACCCGGGGCCUUACUCAUGGUCGUGCACCCUUUUUAAUCAUUCUAAUAUUGACGACCGUAAUAAACAGCUGUGCUCAUU